AUGGCGGUGCUCCAGGAAUGGAGGACCACUUUGCAGCAUCUCCAAGCAGUGUUGGAUGAUGCUGAGCAGAGGCAGAUUCGGGAGAAAGCGGUGAAGAGGUGGCUGGACGAUCUCAAAGCUUUAGCUUACGACAUUGAAGAUGUCCUUGACGAGUUUGAAGCUGAAGCUAAGCGGCCCAGUUCGGUACAAGGACCUCAAACCAGCAGCAGCAGCAGCGGCAAGGUGAGUUUAUGGAGGGAUGGUGAUAAGGAGAAGAUCAUAGAAUUGUUGCUGUCUGAUGAACUGGCUACUGCUGAUAAAGUUCAGGUGAUUCCAAUUGUUGGUAUGGGUGGGGUUGGAAAAACAACCCUCGCUCAAAUAAUCUAUAACGACAAGAGGGUGGGGGACAAGUUCGAUUUCAGACUCUGGGUGUGCGUAUCUGAUCAGUUUCACUUGGUAGGAAUAACAAAAGCAAUUUUAGAGUCAGUCCCUGAACAUUCAUCUCAUAAUUCUAACACCUUGCAAUCGCUACAACAUAGUCUGCAGAAAGAAUUGAAUGGAAAGAAGUUUUUCCUUGUGCUGGAUGAUAUAUGGAAUGAGAACCCCGAUAUCUGGAGUACCUUACAAGCUCCACUCAAAGCUGGAGCACAAGGCAGCGUAAUCAUAGCAACCACCCGCAAUGAACAAGUUGCAUCAAUUAUGCGCACUGCUUCUUCUUAUCACCUUAACGAACUGUUGGAUGAACAUUGCUGGUCACUAUUUUCACAUCAUGCCUUCGAAAAUAUAGCUCCAGAUGCAAUAAGAAAUUUGGAACCUAUUGGUCGGAAAAUAAUACAGAAAUGCAAAGGUUUGCCCUUGGCAGCAAAAACGCUAGGAGGUUUAUUGCGGUCUGAACAAGAUGAAAAGGUUUGGAAGGAAAUGAUGAAUAACGAAAUAUGGGAUUUACAACGGAAAGAGUGA